UGUAUGAAGAUUAGGCCGGAAGAUAAGCGAUUAUCCAUCAUUCAUGUGAACAUUUUGUGUGAAGGAGCUCUCUCCGUAACAUAGUAAUUGGAGGGGUGACGGGUGAUGUGGUGGAAGCGCCAAGUUCAAAAUUAAUAAUAUUGAGAUUUAGACAACAAGGCACAGCACAAGGAGUGGAAAAAUACAUACACACACGACUGCACGAGCCGGCUGAAUGAUAAGUGAUAAGCAACUUCUUUGAUAAGAAAUCAAGUGUGCGCUUGAGCGGACCAACGUCUGCAUUCUAAGUCUUUACUUUGUAGAGUGAAGUGAAUGGUUAUGUGCUCUACGAGGGAGGGACGUAAAUUCUUGAGAUAACGACAAACAAUGAGUUGGAUAAAAGAUCAAGAUGACAGAUCGUGGGUGCAAAAGCUGUGUACUGCAGUCCUCAAACAAGGGCUAAUUCCGCAACAUGUUGGAUUCAUUUUGGACGGGAAUCGAAGAUACGCUCGAGGACAGAAUCUACAAACGGUUGAGGGUCAUAGGAAGGGAUUUGAAAAACUGUCGGACACUCUACGUUGGUGCCUUGAUCUUGGCAUUACAGAAGUAACGGUUUUCGUAUUUAGUAUCGAAAACUUCAAGAGAUCUGAGGAGGAAGUAUCCGGUUUGAUGAAAUUAGCCAAAGAAAAGUUUCAAAAAUUAUUAGACGAAGAGGAAAAUUUAAUGAAUGAAGGCGUUUGUGUUCAAAUUGUCGGAGAUUGGUCUCUUGUCCCAGAAGACUUACGAAUACUCAUGGCUAAAGCAAUGUAUAUGACGAGGAACAAUACUAGAGCAAAAUUGAACGUUGCCUUUGCAUACACUUCUAGAAAUGAAAUUACUCGUGGAAUGAAAUUAAUUCAUCAAGGACUCCUCGAUGGUAGCAUAUUAGAAGAUGAUGUAGAUUGCAAGCUGUUGGAAGAAUCCUUUUACAUUCUUCCGUCCAAACCUUUGGAUAUUUUAGUCCGAACUUCAGGAGAGAAAAGAUUGUCUGAUUUCUUACUGUGGCAAAGUGCUGAAACCGUCCUGUGUUUCACCAAUGUUUUGUGGCCAGAAUUCACAUAUUGGCACUUGUUAAGCGUGGUUUUUCAAUUUCAAAUUGACAAGAGAAAUUUAAUGCAUUUAAACUUGAAAGCAAACGACUUGCAAGUUACAGAUUUAGCCAUGGAGCAGAGGCAGCACAAAUUCAUAGAAAAAAUUCGACAACAACAGUGGAAAAUUAUAGCAGACGAUGCUUCCAGAAUUAAUUCCAGUUUAUAAUCGUAAGUUACAAUAGUUUCAAGUAAGAAUGUGAUAAGUAGUUGACAUUUAAGAUGAUGAUGGUAUAUAGCAAAUGACGCUCAAAAAGAGUUUGACUUGAGUAGUUCAAGUUUAAUUAAAGUUUGUCCAAACUAAAUGAGUUUGAAAAGUGUUAAAAAAUUCAUAUCAAUCCGACAACCAGUCAUUACUUUCAAUUAUGGAUUCCAUUUUUACCAAAGACUUUAUUCUUCUUCACUUUAUAAAAUAUUGUAUUUACAAUAAAAUAAUCGCAGGCAAAACAGUUAAAUUAUAGUUAAUUAAUAUAUAAUUUGUAGUAAAAUCUAGAAAAAAAAUCUUUCAUAAAAACUAUCUGACUGAGAUAAGAUAUAAAUAUUGAGUUGUCAACAUCAUAUAGUGGUCGCAGCAAUUCGUUAAAAAACGUGUUAUAAAAUUUGUGUUUCAUUUGAUUUUAAUAAAAUGAUCAAGCACAA